UACGCGGGUUGAGCCCCCGCCGCUGCCUUGACUACCAGAUUCCUCAGGUAGCCGCUGAGCUACGGAGGCCGGGUGGCCAGAAGAGGGAAAGUGUUAAAGAAACACAUGAAGUGGAGUAAUAUGAGCUGGGGUCAUAUAGAAUCUGCAAGGAGACCCUCAGGGGAAUUGUCUGAAGAAAAGAAGAAUAUUUAGGCUCUUCAAGUUCUUCAUUUACACAGCUGUGAAAUCCAAGGCAAAGGAUGAAUAUAUAUACAUCUGCUGCAGGAUCACCCAGCCUACUUGAAAAGGAUCCUGCCUUCCGAGUGAUUACAGUUACUAAGGAAACAGGCCUAGGUUUAAAGAUCCUAGGCGGAAUUAACAGAAAUGAAGGACCGUUGGUAUAUAUUCAGGAAGUCAUUCCUGGAGGCGACUGUUACAAGGAUGGGCGUUUGAAGCCAGGAGAUCAACUUGUCUCAGUAAACAAGGAAUCUAUGAUUGGUGUAUCAUUUGAAGAAGCAAAAAACAUAAUCACCAGAGCCAAGUUGAGGUCAGAAUGUCCUUGGGAGAUAGCAUUUAUCAGACAAAAGUCUUACAGUGGCCAUCCAGGAAAUAUUUGCUGUCCAUCCCCAUUACAAGCUUCAGAAGACUGUGAGCCUCAAACCUCAGCAUUUAACCCUUUUCCCCCUCCCCCUGAAACACUAGUUCCGAAGACUUCAUCCACGCCCAAGACUCAGGACUCUGUUUUACCUUCUUUUAAAGCAGCUCAGACAAAACCUAGAUACAGUAAAACAGAACAUACUCCAAUUACUUCUUUGGAAAACAGCCCAACAGAUACAUCUAAUUCAGAUAUUGCUCCUGCCUGGACUGAUGAUGAUUCUGGACCACAAGGAAAGAAGAUUUCCCUAAAUCCUUCUGUUCGCCUGAAGACAGAGAAACUGGAAAUGGCUCUCAAUUACCUCGGUAUUCAGCCAACAAAGGAACAACAUGAAGCCCUGAGACAGCAAGUCCAGGCCGACUCAAAGGGGACAGUGUCUUUUGGAGACUUCGUCCAAGUUGCCAGAAAUUUGUUUUGCUUGCAGUUGGAUGAAGUAAAUGUUGGUGUCCAUGAGAUCUCCAGCAUCUUGGACUCACAGCUUCUUCCCUGUGAUGCCCUAGAAGCAGAUGAAAUGGGAAAACUUAAACAAGAAAGAGAUGCGGCUCGGGCAGAAGCGAAUGUGCUUAAGGAGAAACUACUUGAAUCAGAGAAACACAGGAAGCAGUUAACAGAAGAGCUCCAGAAUGUGAAGCAGGAAGCCAAAGCUGUAGCUGAAGAAACCCGAGCUCUGCGAAGCCGGAUCCACCUUGCUGAAGCUGCACAGAGGCAGGCGCAUGGGAUGGAAAUGGACUAUGAAGAAGUGGUCCGUCUUCUCGAGGCUGAGAUCUCAGAGCUAAAGGCUCAGCUUGCUCAUUAUUCUGACCAAAAUAAAGAAAGUAUCCAGGACUUGAGAAAGAGAGUCACGGUUCUUGACUGCCAAUUGAGAAAAUCAGAAAUGGCUCGGAAAACUUUCAAGGCAUCUACUGAAAGCCUCCUUCGUUUUGUGGAGGCUGCUCAGGAAGUACUUUUGGAUAGUUCUGCUCCUUUCUCAAGUUUAAGCGAAAGACGAGCCGUGUUUGCAUCCCAGACUUCGCUCCCACUGCUGGGAAAGAAUGGACGCAGCUUCCCAGCAAACCUGCUUCUGGAAUCCAAGGAGCUUGUUAGAUCUGUUCGUGCCGUACUUGAUAUGGACUGCUUACCUUACGGGUGGGAGGAAGCUUACACAGCAGACGGGAUCAAGUACUUCAUCAAUCAUGUAACACAGACCACGUCCUGGAUCCAUCCCAUGAUGAGUGUCCUGAACCUGUCCUGCUCAGAGGAGAAUGAAGAAGACUGUCCCAGAGAGCUGACAGACCAGAAAAGCUGAUGACUGUCCAUGGAAAUGUGCUUCAGUCCUCUGGCUUUUCAGUCCAGGUGCACAGGCAGACACAAGAUGCCACAGCCUGAUAAGCAGGAAUCCAGCACAUUCUACCAGGCAGCGUGUCAACCUGGAACUGUGGUAUUUCUGUAUACAUGUUAAAGACCAGCUGCCCACUAUACUAUUUGAAAAUAAUUUAGUUGCGUUUGUUGAAGUCAUAUAUAAUUAGCGUCUAACUUUUCGUAUAUGAUUGGGUCUAUAUAACUUAGUAUAUAGUUCAUUGUUUGGUAUUAGAUGCAAUGGUUUUUAUGCCAAAAUCUUAUAUUGGAAAGUUAUAUAAGCAUAUGAAACUACUACUUUUCUGAUAGUCCCCUCUCUCUACUCACAGUUUAGGAAAGUGAUCUGAGAAACUUUUGGAAGGGUGCUGCUAUAUGGGUAACCCAUUGGCUGCUGAAUACAAUCUUUGUUUAUUUGUUUGUUUUUACCUGUAAUUCAUAGGACAUAAUCUAACUUCAUUGUUAGGAGACUUCUCUCGUGUAUAAAAUGCUUCCAAAUCUCAUCUUAUUUAAACCAAACAGUGUGGUGGUAGGGCUGGUCUGUUGGCCAUUUUCACUCUUGUCUUCAGCUGGAUGAACAGUGCUUCAGAGAGACAGAGCGUCCUGACCCGGGAUUGAGACUGACACCUCACCUUCUGAUUCCAUGUCCAGUCAGUCCCCUUUGCCCUGCUCCCAACUGUCCUCACAGGGGGAGGUUAUAGUCCAACAGAGCACCUUCAUUCUGUUGACUCAGCUGGGUCCACAGCUGUGCAUUCCACGCAAUCCAGAGGACACCUCCGAGUAAAUUGUGGCCUCUUCUUAACCCCACCCUCUCCUUCUGUGGGCCCACCCCUCAUCACCCCUGGACACCCACCAACUGCUCUAUGACUUGUCAGCAGGCUUUGUCCCAUGGCUCAUGUUUUCUAAAAUAAAGACCCUGGAUCACGCGAGUGGUUUGGCAUGCUUGGGCACCAUUGCCAGAAGGAGCAUCUAAGGAGAGCUGAUAGAAAUAAAGGUAUCUCUUAAAACACUGCCAGGCUGCUUGUAACAGAACGAAGGCCUGGAGCCAAGUGAGGCAGCCCAGCAUCACUUCAGCAAGCCUAGCACUCCUGAGAACACGGUGUGAGAACACAGUGUGAGAAUCCUCACAUAAAUGAGUCACUGAGUUCCUACGGUCAUAGCACCUAUGUCAGCAUCGGUUCCCAGCUCCUAAGUUUUCUACUGAGUUUUACCUGGUAUAUAGAAUGUGUAUGGAGAAUACACAUGGGCAUCAUAUCCACUCAUACCUCUCUGCAUACAUGAAAGACUGGGGAUUUACAUUGAAUACACUUAGGAUUCCUAGUUUAGGUCUUGAGGACAAGCAUAAAGUCAGUCAAAUGCAGACUGACAAAGAGUCAUUAACCCUGAGAAAGACAGAGUGGCUGGAGCAAAUAUACCCAUCUCCUCACUGCUGUCUGGAUACUAGGAAGCUUCGGAGGGGACAGUUUUGAGAUCAGCCCCAGAGGGAGCUGUUCCUCAAGUCUCCAAGAGGCGAAUGGACACACACACUUUUAUAAGAGAGUAUCUAUGCUGUAAAAGGCGGACUCCUUUCAGGAGAUCCCCCACCCCACUGGAGAGUGUCCUCCCUUGUUUGUAAGGGGAGCUAAGAUGAGAUCCUGAAGCAUGCAGUCUCUAGUCCAUGUGCCCAUGUGUGUGUGGCACUCACCACCUCUCUGCUGCAUGUACCAAUCCCUCCCUGUUUCUGUCAAACACAUCAUCAAAAGGGCUAUAAAACUCAGUGCUCUUCAGUGAACAUUCUAUGCCACACAUUGCAAUGUACAAUGAACAUGUAUUAGCUUACUGUCUUCUUUUGGAAGGUUAUUUUGAGGCAGUUUCUCCCUGUGCAGCCCCCCUGCCUCAGCAUCCCGAGCACUGGGAUUUUAGCACCAAAUAUCUUCUUAAAGACACCCAUAAGUGGAGAAGCAUAGUGAACCCUGUUUUGUGUAGAAGCCUAGGUUCAGAGAGAAGUGGUUGCUGCCCAAGGAUCCCACCAUGCCUAUGUGUUGAUGCUGGACCUCCAGGCAAGCCUUUGAUUCCAGGAUUUCUUUAAACCAGCGGGAAGAGCUGCUUGGAUUCAGUCAACUCUGCAAGGCUCCAGCACUCAGUCAGUGAGGGACUUCCUAGUUCACAAAAAAGAAUUCCCCCAGGAGAAAAUGGCAUUCCUACAGGUUCUGGUGCUUCUCCUGGGAACUGGGAACUAGCUAAGAGCAGCCUCUGAAUUAGCUAAGUCAGGUGAACACCCACUGAGAUGCCUUCUCUAGUCUCAUGAUGUCCAAACCAGCAGAUAAGAGGGACAGGGACACUUGGAGAAUCUCAAGAGGGCUCAAUAGGAAUGCUUUUCUGAUGCAGAUAGAACCCUGAUUUACUUUUGGGGAAGUUGAUAGUCUUCAACUUAAAUUAGCCCCCUCGCUGUGGUCACCCAUCAGAAAUGCUUCUCCACUGAUUCGCCCACUUAAAUUCUGGGCUAUAGGAACUGAAUAUGAUGAUAUCCCUCCCAGUGCAUGUUCUAGUGGCAGUGGCCAUCAGUUGUGGAACAAGUCUCAUUUUCCUAAUGUCAAGGGAAAGCCUGGCCGUCCUCACUCAUUUGUUCCCUCAAAAUGCACAUGUGCCUCUAGCAAUAUGACCAACACUCUGGGUACCAGGGCAAAGUAGGACAGCAGCUAACCAUCUCUUGGGCUGUUUUAAAAAUAAACUGAUUCUGAAAGUCAGAAUUAUAGUUACAUUUUAACUUCUGAAUUUUAAAAAUAAUUUAUUUUCCUUUCAAAAACAUGAAAGUACUGUGGAAAUAAAUUGGGUUAAAUAAAUAGCCCGCCUCACUUUCUAGAAGCUGCCAUCACCAAUAUUUCAAUGAAUAUUUUCACUCAAGGACAAGCAUGUCCCCCUCAAAAGUUCACCUUUGAGUUAGUAUAUUGUGACCCAUCUUUUUAUAACACUAUAGGCAUUUUUGUUGUAUUUCAAAUGUCUGCAUAAGCUACCACCUCUAAGAAGCUCAUUGUCUGUGUGUCCAGCAACUUAU